UGUUUGGAGAAAAAAAAACAUACGACAGAUGCGGACGGGGUAAUUCUGCGAUCGUUUUAGCUAUUCAUUCAUGCUCCCGUUAAGGGUGAAGGUAACGGAUGUUCUCUCCAAGAUCAUCUCGCCUCUCCGCCUGUUUAAGCCUGCGGAGGCAAGUGCCGCGAUGAUGAACGGAACGGAUUCUUCCUCAGCGACGGGGAGAGCGGAAUGACGCCUUCUGGAUUGACGCUUGCUAUUUGGUCGGAUGUAGUAUUUCUCGCAGGGUUUUCCUCGAUAGUCUGAACAGUUUUUAGUCUGUCCUUAUUGUGUGAAGUCGCACAAUGGAUCUUAGUAGGUAGCCAAUAGACUAUUAGCCCUCACCUCUCACCGCGACCGCACUGGACACACUGCAAUUACGCGUCUUCAAUUGGAACAGUGCAUCAAUGUAAUUGAAAAAGGACGCAUUCGACAGGGCAGACGGAUUUCUGGACGUUUAUUAUCUCUGUAUAGACUAGAACUUGUAUUAACGGCAAUCGCAGGUAGCCGAGUUGUUAUUGAUGUGAAUUGUCACUUUUGGUUGCUGUGAGUGCAGUAGGCUAUCCCCAGGCUACAGCAGCCUCCUGUGACAAUGCCGGUCAAUGCGAUGCCCCGCGGCGGCUCGUUGAGCCCGGCGUCUCUGUCCCGCAGUCUCUCUCGACUGCGGGGCUUCCGAACCCGGACUCGGAUCAUGUUGACCCUCGGGGUGUCCCAGAUGGUUCUGGGGAGUCUCAUCCUGUCCGUGAGCUUCGCUGCUCUGGCGCUCACUACCUCGCCACGAGUCAGGCACUCGUGUCCGUUUUGGGCUGGAUUCUCGGUGUUGUUAUCGGGGCUGAUAGGCGUGGUGUCCUGGAAGAGACCUCUCUCGCUGGUGGUGAGUCAUCCUUCAAUCUCAUCCCUCCGACUUCAUCUCAACCUCAUCCCCUCAUACCUCAUCCCCUCGUCCCUCAUAUCUCCUUCUUCCUGCAGCAACAUGGGAGAGACUCUGAGACUGAACCCUCUGAGAGACUGCAACACCAUGCGCCUCAGACUCAAGGAGCUGCUGUUUAGUGUGUGUGCGCUGAACGUCAUCUCCACCAUCGUGUGUGCCCUGGCCACCGCUAUGUGCUGUAUGCAGAUGCUCUCCACCGAUGUGCUGCAGAUGUUCAUGCCCCAUAGAGCCCGUGCGCUGAGUGCUGACUGCAUGACUCCCCAUGGAACCAUCCUCCACCAGACGCUGGAUUUUGAUGAGUUCAUCGCCCCCAUCCCCCCUCCACCCUACUACCCCCCGGAGUACACCUGCACCCCUUCCAUGGACGCACAGAGGGGGCUACACCUGGACUUUCCCCACUCUCCGUUCAGUGCCAUCUACGGGGUGCCCAUCAACAGUCCUGGCACCCUGUACCCGUCUGAGCUGCCCCCCCCUUACGAGUCUGUGGUGGGCCACACACCUGCCGGCCAGGUCACCAGUCUAGAGCAGCAGGUAUCACAGUCCAGCCCGUGUGAGAGGAACACUACUGCAGGCCUCAGCACCCAGGCCUCAGUGGACAGUGCAUCUCUGAUGGUGUCUGAGGUAGCUGACCUCCAGGAGCACAGCUGCUCCUCAGAAGACCUCUGCUCCUUUGAGGUCCAGGGUUCUGAGUCCUCCCCCUACUGCACGCUCCACACAGCGCCCAUGGACGGCAGCGUGACCAGCCUGGAGCUCAGUACCCGCUGCUCCCUGCGCCAGUCAUGCCCACACGCCCGCCCCAGCACUGGGGACCCCGCCCCCAGCGAGUCCCUGCCACCCUCUCCAGACUGGUCCUCUGAGAACCUGAGCACCCUGGAGCAGGAGGAGCAUGAGGAGCCCGACGCCACACAUACCAUGGAGGAGCUGGCCUCUGCCACACACACACACACACCGCUCAGAGGGAGGGGGUGUAGGAAGUUUACCCUCUCUGUCCCUCCCCCCUCCUCCCAGCCCACUGUAGGCUCCUCAGGGGGGGCAUCCACCCCCUCUCCCCCCGCCCGCCCCCGAGGUGCCAGGCUCUGCUUCAGUGUCUGGCCCCCCUCCUGUUCCCCCCAGCCCCCCUCAGCCUCCGCUGAGAGGCCCCGGCUCCUCCGCGGCAACAGGAAGUACGGCAAGCUGGACCGCAUCGUCCGCUCCACCAGCGAUCCCAUCGCCUGCAGCUCCAUAUCAGGAAGACAGAGUUGGGGCUGUGUGUCUGCACACCCUGCUGCUGAAGAGUCCCCCCAGACUCCUCCGGAGCAAGUUAGUGCAGAGCAGACAGAGGUGGCAGCGUCUAAACCGUGGGGACGCAGAGGCAGGAAGCAGAAGGAUCAGAAGGACGAGAGGAAAGUGGACCUUCGCCUGAAACCCCGGACGCUCCGCUCUUCCUCGUCCGGCCCCAGCGAGAGGCCCCACUCCCUGGCUGACUUGAAGACCUACAAGGACACCAAGAUCCUGGUGGCCCGUUUCCUGGAGCAGUCUAGUUGCAGUCUGCCCCCGGAGGUACAGCAGGUGGUCAACACCAUCAAACACGUCAUCAAGUCUGACGAGAAGCACAUGGAGGAGGCCAUCUUCAGUGCCAACGUCAUUGACCAGGUGAUGACCCAGUGCAUCAUGAGUAGUCCCAGGAAGCGAGGUCAUGAGGAUCUGCACCUGCGGAGCUGUGGGGCCCUCAGCUCCCCCUCCUCCCUGCGCCGCCCCCCCCAGACACCACGUCCCCCCCAGGAUCCCCCCUCCUCCACCUCCCCCUCUGAACAUUCUCAAAGCCCCCUGUGCAGAGAAACCAUCCUCUGACACCUCCCAUAUACACACACAACAAGAACUGGAACCCUCUGAUGGGGGAAUGUCUUUCCAGGUUGCUCUCUCUCUCUCUCUCUCUCAUAGUGCCCUGUGAAACCGUGCCAACCAAUACAUCAGCAGAAACGGUAGCUUCCUUAAACUCCACCCACCAACUCUGGCCGGACCUGCUGCUACCUUCCUCUUUCUCUUUCACACACACACAAAAACCACCAAACUAACACACAUACAAACACACCAGAAUGUCUCCCUCAGGGGAUUUUUGUAAAAACUCUCAUUGGACUAUCAGAACAGACCUGGAGGCGUUGUGUAAAACUGUGAAGCAGGCAGACUGCUUCACAGUUUCUAACAGAUAUGGGGUGAAUAUUUGUGAUGGUGUUGGUCAGAGAACAAACGUGGAUAAUUAAACUUACCUCAGUGUGUUAC